AUGUUAACACGAUUUAUUACCGCUGUUCAUUCACCAUCAAUAUCAAUAUCAACAUCACUUCGUCUAUUGAAUACAAGUACAUUGAGAUUGGCUGAUGGUGAUCAUACAUUAUCCAAAGCAUUAAACAACGCUGUAGAAGAUAUCAAAGCAGGUCUAGAGAGAAAAUGGUUGGACACAUUGGCCACCGACAGUGAAUCCGUCGUCAAAGGUGAAAAGCAACAUGAUAGAAAACAUCGUGAUUGGAAGAAAGAUAUGACAGAACUUCAAUUGGAUACGAUUCAAGCGAUUCAAGAAAAAGCAGCUAAAGGUUAUAUGCAUCAGUAUGAUGUUGGUCGACGUGAUACACGAGAAGAUAGAAUUGAUAUUGAUGUUACUGUAAAUGAUGUACACAAACAAAGAAUGCAUAUUGAUGUUGAUCCACAUGAUAAACACAAAGAGAAAGUUGAUAUUGAUAUCACAGUCAAAACGCAUACUGACAAAAAACAUUAAACAUGAUUCUUUUCAUUCUGAUCAAAAUUCUCAAACAAUUAUAUUCCAGCAUCUUAUCUGUUAUACUUUAUAUAUUGUAGUUUUCUAGACGUUUAUUGC